GAGAAUUUGUGGAUUUACUUCAGAAAUGGAUUUAGAUUUGUCUAUUUUACCAUUAGAGUGCGUGGAAAAUUUAGUAAAACAAAAAUGUUUGAUUUCAAAAAGUAAAUUCCCUAAAAAUUUAUAUCCAGGUUGCUGGGCUAAAUGUCGUAUAGUUUCUAAGCAAUCGGAAAAGCUUGAGGAUCACUUUGGAAUUUGUCAAAUAUUUCCAAGAGCAGAAUGCAACGACAAUGUUUGUUAUUUGGAUGCAAGUGUGCAAAGCUUUAAGCAAAUACAAGGCGAUCGAGUGAUCUAUAAGCUAACAAGACUCCAAUGCUUGCAAUUACCAAUUAAGCAAGUGAAAGCAAUAGAUUUAAAUGUUUAUUUGAUACCGGAGGUUUACAUAUCCAAAUUCCACUUAAUAACGAAAUCGUACUUAAGGCAAAUCUUACAAAUUCUUCUGCAAAAUUUCCAUUUACACGAUACUUGCUACAUCCGAAGUUCGGAGUUACUCGAAUGUGGCAUUGAUAGUAUUAAAAUCAUAGGUGGCACUGAUAAUGACGAUCGUGAAAUGGAAUUUUUUAUUAUAAAUGAUCAAAGUUUAAUCAAUUUAAAGGAAUGUUUCAUAAAAUCCAAACAAAUCUGUGAACCUUGUUUAGAAUUAAAAACCUAUACGCAAGUGCAACAGGAAUUGAAUGAAUUCAUGACCUUAGUUCAGUUGCAACGUUCUCAAAAGGUUUCUCUACGUAUACCGUUGAAUCUAUUGGUAAGAGGGGCUAACGGCUGUGGAAAAACAGCUUUGCUAGAAACCUGGCUUAAAGACCGACAAUGUAAUGUUUUUCGCAUAACUUCGCUACAAAUCGUACAACCUUUGCCUGGCGAUUCCGAGAUACAGAUAAGAAAGAUUUUCCAAGCUGCUAUUAAUUUUGAAAAACAUUUCAAAUCUAAAGGAGCUACGGUUAUAUUCCUGGAAGAUCUUCAUCUGUGGUACACAGAUUUAGGAAAAAAUUCAAAAAGCAUUCCGAGCUCUUUAGGAGAGCUAUUUUUACAAAUUGAUCAACUGUUUAGAAUGGGUCAGGAGAUUAUGUGUUUGGCUACUACAUCAAGUUCAGAAAAAUUUGAUAAAUUUGAGACAGAGAUUACAAUGAAUACUUUUACUAAGGCCGAUGAACGUAUACAAGUAAUUGCUCAAUUGCUUUCUGAAAGUAUACCUUCAAUAAGUCUUUCGACAACGCUUCUUGAAUUAACGGCUAAGCAAGCACGUGGAUAUACCAUAGCGGAUUUUAAAUUAUUGGCAGAUAAUGUGGCAUAUAGUCUGCUCGCAAAGUCUGGAAAAAGUUUGGAGUUUGUUUUAGAAGACCACCUAAGAAAGCUUAAACCCUUCGCAUUAACUAACUCUGAGGUCACUACCUAUAAACCGACGGAAAGUUUUGAUACGAUCGGUGGCAUAAACAAUUUAAAAAAAGUUUUAAACGCUUCGAUACUUGCUGGCCUAAAGCAUGUAGAUGCCUUCUCGCGUUUCGGAUUACAGUUGCCAAAGGGUAUCUUACUCUACGGACCACCAGGAUGUGCUAAGACCACUAUAGCAAAAUCUUUAGCCAAUGAAGCAAGUAUGACUUUUAUCGCUACGUCAGGAGCAGAGGUUUAUUCGCCAUACAUUGGCUGUGCGGAAAAAUUUAUAGCAAAACUAUUUGAUGCUGCUCGUAAAAAUACUCCCUGCAUGAUAUUCCUAGAUGAAAUUGAUACUCUUGUAGGUCGUCGUUCUAUAAGCUCAAGUUCUACAGGUUCCAGCGACGUACAAAUGCGAAUUUUGUCUACUCUACUUACCGAAAUGGAUGGUAUUGUUUCGGCCAAUACCGACAGUUAUAUUUUAGUUGUAGCCGCUACUAAUCGUCCGGAUAUGAUCGAUGAAGCUCUUAUGCGACCUGGACGUUUCGAUAAAUUAUUGCAUGUUCCAGUCCCUGAUUUUGAAACAAGAAAUUUAAUUUUUCAACUCUGUAGUAAACGAAUGCCGUUUGAUUCAGAUUUAAAUUUGGAAAGUUUGGCCAGCCGCACUGGUAACUUCUCCGGGGCCGAUAUUUGUAAUCUGUGCAAUGAAGCCGCAAUGCGUGCGUUUCAACGUAAUCUCUGUUCUACCGAAAUCCAAUCCGAAGAUUUCGAGUACGUGCUAAGUGAAACAAAGUCAUCUUUGACACAACAACAGAUAGACUGGUAUUAUCAAUUUGAAAGCAAAUAUUUCCAACGUUAGCUUCAAAGUUACGGCAUAUGAAAGUGAAAACUAAGAAAGAUAUAUUCGCUGUACGACGAAUUUGAAAUAGCCAGGACUCUCAGAACUUCUAAUUCUCUGAACUUUGAGGGUAUCAUUUGGUCAACUAAGACAAUUUCCAUCUUGUGGUUUAUAGCAUCAUUGCAUAUCUCUAUAUAAAAAGGCGUCAGGUAAAUGUUGCUUUCUGUAUACACGCAUUAUGUCAUAUGCACAUGUUUUGUUAGAUAUUCAAAAAGCGCAUUUAUUAUCAACAUCAAUAUUUUUGCCUUAACGAGUUUCAUAACAACAAAAAUAUGGUUAAAUGAGCUACUGACAUCGUGAUAGAAAAUCUAGUCAUUCAUUUGCAGUUGACGAUGCCUUGUGUCGGUCGUUGAUCCCCAGCGAGCGAUCAUAUAGCGCCGAGUUAAAGAAGAAACGCUGCAUGAUGGCGACAUAUUGAAUCGCGAGCUCAUGCCAUCAUCUGGAUAGAGUCGACCGAAAAGUAAAACGUUUAACACCACGUUAAAGCAGUGCAAAAAGUACUCUACUGCAGCCGCUGUCCAUUUAGACUAUCCCAAACCCUUCUUGGAGACCAUUAAUGCCCUAUCGGUCAUCAGAUUCUCAUGAUGGGAGUGUCUCUAAAACUCUCGAUACCUUUGCGCAUCGUGGGGUGCGCUGUAUUCAUCUAGAGAAAUAUACAAGAAAAAUGUUCCUUGGAGACAAACGGGAUUUGUCCAUCAAACCAAUUCUUUAACACGAACUUCUCAGCAUUCUCAUCCAGUCGUACUCAAAAUGUCCGCAAAUUACACUACCGCUAUACGUCGUUCUUCGAUCGUAUUGGCCGCCUUUGAAAUAACCUGCCAGCAAUAAUUUUUCCCACCAUUUCAGAUGUUUCCACUUUCAAGACGAAUGUACACAAAUACUCUACUAAACUUCCUUCCUGCGUCCACGGCUGUCAAUCUUCGUGCCUUUUAGCGUGGCCACACAUACGUAUAAGAGACAUCCCAUAAGAAAAGAAUACAUAAAUAAAUAAAUUGAUUGUUCAAUUGUCGAAGACGUUCUGCAUUUGACGUUUUAACCUUUCUUUGAGAUUUCCAGA